UGCUGUUGUUUCCUUACCUUGCUGUAGUCAUGUUGUGACUGUUGGUUGGCGUAAUAAUGCUGCAUGAAUAAUAAACCAGAUUGGGUUAAAUUUAACCCAGAUGAAGAUAAGAUCAGUUUUUUGUUCAAUCUUUUAGAUGAAGUGAGAGUAACAAAGUAUCUCCUUUCAUUUGAAGUAAUCAUCAGCAAACAAUGAAUAUAAUUGAAUGAUAAAACAGUAAACAAAACCGGUCAAUCAGUUCCGCUGUGAUACAGAUAUACAAACCAGAAAGAGUUGCAAACUUAAUCAUCGAGUCAAUAUUUGGGUAAGAUUUUGAUCGACUCGAUCAUGACGAGUGUGAAAAAUGUUUAUGGAUUGACAAGUUCACAGGACAACAUGAAUUUCAAUGGAUUGAACCGAUUAAAAGUGAACACUUCAACCAAAUCAAUCGACAUGAUUACCUUUGGAGACGAUGAUGAUGAGGAAAACAAAGAUGAUGAUAACGAUGUGAACAAAAAUGAUGUUAAUGCUUAUCAAAAUGUGUUGUCACUUCAUGUCCAUCCAGAUGAUGACGAUGUUAUUGACUCUUUACCCGGUGACAAUGGGAAUGAUAAGGACGAUGCAAAUGAAGAGUCUGAUGAUAUUAUUGGACCUUUGACUAAAUCUAAUUUUCCUGGUUUCUCUAGAAACAAUUACUAUCAUUCACGCAUUCAUCAUCCUUAUCCUUUCACUGGAUCUUCAUGGGCUCUUUCAGAGCGCAACUGUUCUCUGUCUUCCAACGCUUUGAACAAAAUUAUGGUUAAUCGUGGUGCCUCUUCCAUGUCAACCCAUUCAGAAAGUUCAUCCUUUUCUCCCUUAUCUCGAACCUCAUCAUCUUCAUCACAUCAUGAUCAGACUAAUCAUUCUCGUGAAUCAGUGAAAAGCCUUUCAUCCCAACGCUCAAAAUCGGAGAAAGUGAUUCUUCUUCCCAGACUUUCUAUUCAAAAGGGUUCAAUCAAGGGUAAUCAAAUCAAUGAUUCAACACAUCAUGGUUCCACCAACAGUCGAUCCAAAUUCUGGUGUGAUAAAAUUUCAUCCAAUGCCAACAGUAAAGUGUCAAUUUCCAAUGGUAAAGACAAUAGUGUGCUUCGUCUUCAUGUUUCUGGUCAAAGUAAACCUAAACCCAAUGAACCCAUUUCAAUAAUAACUCAAGAAGCUCGUUCAUUAUCAGCCAAUAGAUAUGAAAGAUUGGAACCAAUCGAGCAAUCAUCUUCUUCUUCCCUCUCAAACCAUUCAGCAAACUCUAAUUUAUUACAAUUAAAGUCACCAGCCAAUGGACCAGUCGAUCAACGCACUUGGCGUCAAUGUAAAAAUUCAACAGAAGUCAUUCUGGUUGCCAAUUCAAGAGAUUAUUCAUCUUCCAUUAAAGCCAAAACCAAGUCAAAAAGGAAAUAUGAUCAACCUUCCAGGUUAACUCCGGAACAACAGUUGGCUCGAUAUCAUCGUCAGUUUACUUGUGAAGCUGUCUCAUUGAUUGUCUUGAUCAUUGCUGUUACCUUCUUAAUUGCUACUCCAUUCAUUCUGGUACCAAUGGUGGCUUUACCAGGAAUUAAUCAUGAUUUAAUUAGGGUCCUUUUAUGCUUAUCUUUGAUUCUCUCUGUUAUAUUUACCAUCAUUGGAGCCUUUAUUGGUAAUGUUUACUGGUAUUUUGAUGAGGAAAGCUCAACCUUUAGAUGGAGACUUCAUUUUGGUUCUGGGCCUAAACAUUACUGGGGAACAACGUUAUUUAAUUUUACCAACAAUCAAUCCAACCAAGGAGCUAAUGUUCACAAUCAACCACCAAAGCAAUCACAUUACAAUUCAGCCAUAAACAAUGUUUAACACAGUCGUACGCCAAUAUCAUUUUGACAGCAAUACAGUCAAUUUAAUCGUGAUCUACUAGUUUAAACACAAUCAAUUUGAAUUACAUCUUUCAAUCUGGGUUUGAUCUGAAACACAAGAUAGGGUAAAAGCAAUAAACCAAUUCUGGUUUAACCAGUGGGUUCACAAUGAGGAGUCUCUACCUCUUUGAUGUGUUUUCAUUUAUUUUUAAUCCAGUUUAACAUUCGCAUAAUUGACAUGUCAUGAAGUCAACUGCUGGCAAGUUAUAUUAAAAUAAUAAUUUCUUGACCAAUCUAGAUAUCAAAAUAGCCCCAGCAGACUCAUCAUAUGAUUGGCAUUCAUCUUGCUCCAUAUAACCUAUUAAACCGUUGAAUAGACGUUGACCAACCUACAGCCGGUGAGGUUUGGGUUAAAAUAAUUGCUUCUGAUGCCAUUCUGGUUAGAAGCCAGAGAGACAAUUUUCAGGUAUCAUUGAACAUUGAGCAGAUAAUUUUGAUUCACUUUGAUUAGAUUUUUGAUUUUCUUGAGUUUAACACUUUAUCUGACAAACAAUUAUCGGCAACACAGGGGUUCAAUAAGUUAAAUUGAUGGGCAAUCCUUUAACAUGAAAACUCUUAUUUUGUAUGUUGUCUGUUAAGGUUUCCAGCAAUUCAAGAAAUCAUUUCAAAUGUUGACCAUUUUAUUGUAAAUAUAUGUAUUUUCAUUGAUUAAAAUCAUAAAUAUUAA